GAAAAGAGAAUGAUUAUUCAUUGAUAGACCUUGCAACCUGUGCAGUUUCUACAAGCGGAAGAAUGAAAAAAGGGGGACAGUAAGGUUCGUCGUUAACAUCUGGGGCCUGAAGCUUCAUACACACGAGGCAUGUUUAUCUAUCUGUAUAUAAUCUAUUAAAAAUUUUUUGCUGUAUUUCUUAUUUCUGUGCAAAGCACACUUUUCAGAUUUCAUACAUAUAUAAUAUUUUAUUAAUUUAAACAAAAAAAAGAAAGAAAAAAAUAUUGUUGCAUUAAACGAGAAUAUUGAAUUUAUUGCAUACCUCCUUAAAAGUCGUUCAUGUAAAACGUUUGUGAACGAACAUUAUGUCUCGUGUUUUAAAGAGCACGCUCCUCUACUAAUCGAUGGACUCUAGGCUAGUUCUACAUCCAAUGCCGUCAACGCGAGUUACACUAGUCAAGUUUUAUCUUUGAGAUAACAUCCUACCAAUCAAUGCCUCCGCACCGUGCAUUGCUCCCAACCUUCGAAUGUGCUUUACCGUGCUAUUGGCCCCACGAUCUCUUGUUAUAAUCGAUGUAGUACGGUGUGUACUCGGCCAAACAGGCGAAAACGAGACAACCUCGCAGUUCGACCGGGAGUUUGCUUCUAAAACUGCUUACAACGCAAGGCUGCUGUAACACGACGAUCCUACGACGUGCCUCUUUAAACCACACCCGGAACGCUGUCUCGUGUUCUUGGGACGCCUGCUCUUUUUUUCGAAAAUUCUCGUACGCGUCCGCACCGUGGGUCUCAUUCCGCUCAGGCGCGUAACGAGUCUUUUGAAAACGAGGACUUUAGGAAGGAUUUUCUAUUCUUUUUCGCGGCUAUUUUGUUUUGUCAUUCUUAACUUUUACGUGAGGAAAUAUCGUAUGAUCAGAAUACUCAGAUAAUAGAAGAAUGAUUCUAGGGAUUUUUUUUGAGUCGAUAUGUAAGAAAUUAAUCUAAAACUAUAAUCAAUUUAGCAAUAAUUAAUAACAAUUAACUACAUAUUUUUAGAAAUGAUGUUUUAAAUUUAAAUUAAACAUGUAAUAUUUAUGAAUUUUAAAAAGUUGAAAUGUUGAAUGUAAAUUUUAUUCUGUACCGUACUUUGAAAUAAUAUAUUAUAAUUAAGAUUAUCUUUGAUAUUAAUUUUAAAAAAUAGCGCGAAAAUACACUUUAAUAUUUGCAACAAUAUAUUUCUUUUUUUUUAAUUAAAGUAAAUAGAUAAACAUGAAAUAUUUAAAUUUUUCAAUGAUUUAAAAUAUAUAUAAUUUAAUUAAAUUAAAUUUUAUUAUUUUCAACAAAAAUAAUUGUUGAAAGUUUUAAAAAAGCUAAUACAAAUAUCACAUAAUGUACAUUGUCUGUUUUAAUUUUUUUUUGUUUUUAUUUUCAUUUUCCUCGAUAUUUGCAGCUGCUCUACACUCAUAUUAAAAUUAACAAUACAAAAAUUGAUCUGUAGUUUUCACCAGAUGUUCAGUACUUGUAGAAUUGUCACCUUGCCGUUUAGUCGACCACUUCCGUUUUGUGAACUGAAACGUUCCGUUUCCGAACGAUUAUUUUUAUACAUGAUUAUAUUUUAAUCAUUUCCUUUAUUUCAUAACACUUGAGAAAUGUUUUUAUCUUUUUCAAGAUAUUACUUAAAAAUAAUUUAAAUACAAUACAAAAUAAAUUAUACUUUGAACAUUAAAAACAAACAAAAAUUAAUAAUUAAUGUUGUCAAUUAUAUUUAAUAAUUUAAAAUUUAUUUUACAUGCAGUCUAUUAAUUGCAUAAUAAUAGAAUUAAAAUUGUAUUUUUUAUCAUUAUAUAUUUAUUUUCCAUCUUUUUUAUUUCAAUAUAAAAGUUUAUCAUUUUCCCCGUGAAGACAAAUGUGAAAUUCUUUAGAAUACGAGUUCUAUUAUUAGGAUCUACCAAUGUUGCUUGAUUCAAGAACAAAAACCUCUUCUAUGCUGUCUGUUCUUUGAUAUGCAUCUAAAAAGUCGCUUCUCCUUAAAUGUGCUAUCGCGUCCAAGUAAAACACACUCACAAAUGGGUGGCACUGACAAAAAGUCGAGAAUGAAGGGACGACGAUCGAUAGGAAUUUUUAUCGGAUCCGCACACUUCGCUGUCAAUAAUUUUCACAUAUGAAUGGUAUAUUUUUGAUAAAGCAUAUACUAUUGACAAGGUUAACAAGAUUCUUAUAAACUAUAAAAAUGCCUCGAGUAAGGAGACAAGUGGUCUUAGAAGAUCCUGCUAGGCCUGUCACACCAGAUAUGGUGGAGACUAAAUUACUAAAGGAAGAAUUUUUGGAUGAGGGCUCUUUGGAUGAAGUACAAGCACAAAAAGUAGCUGAAGAAACACCAAGUCCUCAUCUUCAAGACCACCAAUAUGGACAAACACCUUGUUAUCAAGUAACAAGGAAACCUACACAACCACCACCACGAACUGAACAAAUUUCAGUUCAAGCAGUGAAACGAAGACUGAAUUUGGAAAUGGGAACUACAGGCCCUAGCCAAUCUGCCUUUAAGGCUCCUAGAGGUAAACGUAGAAAAUCUGGAUCAAGUUCUCUAGCUGGCCAUACACCUACAAAAAGUAAAACAGUAGAGAGAACGCGGUACGAUACAUCACUGAGCUUACUUACAAAAAAGUUCAUACAUUUAGUUGAAAGCAGUCAAGAUGGUGUUGUAGAUUUAAACGUAGCAUCUGAAAAGUUAGAAGUACAGAAACGUCGUAUUUACGAUAUUACGAAUGUAUUGGAAGGCAUAGGUAUUUUGGAAAAGAAAAGUAAAAACAAUAUACAAUGGAAAGGCGGUCAAUUACCAAAUGAAAGGAACGAUAUCGCUGAUCUCAGAAAGGAAGUGGCAGAUUUAGAAGCUAAAGAAAAUACUUUGGAUCGAUUAAUUCACGGUGCAGACAAAAAUCUUAGGGAGCUCUGUGCAGACAGACAAUACGCUUAUGUAACGUAUCAUGAUUUACGUUCUGUCCCAAUGUACAAAGACCAAGCUAUAAUGGCAGUGAAAGCUCCACCAGAAGCUACACUUCAUGUUCCACAACCUAUUAAUAAUCUUGGUCAACAAAAGCUUCAAAUGCAUAUGAGGUCAUCUCAUGGUGAAAUAGAGGUAUUUCUUUGUCCUGAUGAUCCUGCAGUUAAAACGUCUCCCACUCCGGGUUACACGACGACGCAACCUGUGCCUUCGUCAAAAGAAUCCGAAAUACCUUGUCUCCCUCCUGAACUGCUGGCCAAUGGAGGAAGCGGGGUUCGGGUUGAACCAGUACCUUCUAUCGAAAGUUCGUUGAGUACUCGUUUGUGUACUCCGGUUAUAUCUACAGUUACCAGUUUAGCAGGCAUGAGGGACGCGCUUUUGUGUGAAUCCGAUGAUUAUGGACCAAUGGGUGGUGGCAAAUUCCAACUCCAAACGGAGGAUCAAAUUAGCACUCCAGAUCUAAGUAUUCUCGAUUUCGGUGAGCAUCUACUGUCCCUGGAACCGCCUCUUUCUGAAAACGACUAUUCGUUCUCGUUAGGCACAGAGGAAGGGCUUUCGGAUCUCUUUGAUUUCAAAUUCUAAAGGAUAUCGUCCUAAUUGUCGUCGUCGUGAUACGCAACACUACAUUCACACAUGCAUACCUGUCUUUUUUUUUUUUUUUGGAGUAUACCACUCUGAGUUCGCCUCCUUAACAUUCGAAUGGAUAGCGAUUACUCGGUUAAUCCAAUAUUAAUACGCUUUUCUAUUUCGUACCGAUUAGCAAUUUUUAACAAUUAAGGGAACGAUCGAGCAGAGAAAUGUUAGAUUGUUUGAUUAGAAGUAGAUAGAAACAGGGAAAAUUUGAUAAUUACUUUUAAAAAGCGAAAUCAAAUCCAUGGCACAAUGGAAAAUCGACACGCCGCUGAAUGUUUUUCUUCUUCUUUUUUUUUUUUUUUUUUUUAAAUAAAAUAUAAUUUCGCGCUUCUUAAUUUUUAUGGAGAAAAAGAAAAAAUGAAUGAACAGAAUGGAAAUACAUUGGAAAAAAUGUAUACAGAUAUUAUGAUGUUAUAAUCGAGUAAUAUUUUGUCAAAGAUGCGAAUCUCGAAUUGAGUUUGUUCUUUUAUGAAAACAAACAUUUUCAUAAAAAUCAACUGCAUACAACGUAUCACGAUUCGCUUCUGCAUGGAAAUUCGGUUUCUGCAAAAAAAAAGCAUUAAAUAAUGGGGGGGAGGGGGGAGGAACAUAUCACGGCAAUGAUUAACGCGCACGGUGAAUACUUCCGGCUUGAUACGGUCGUGAACGAUUAAGUUUUUGGGAUGAUAACUUGUAAAGCUGCUCUGACGGUAUUGAGCCGUUUUCUUGUGCAAUGUGUAAUAAUAUUGUAAAUGAUGUAAACGUAUGAAGGCUUAGAGAAAGAGUAAAAAGGGUGAAAUAGAUGGAAGAGGAUAUAUUUGAAGUUUCAAAGAGAGGAGAGACUGGACUCGUGUCGACGAAUAACUACAAUAUUUUCUUUAUAUAUAUAUAUAUAUAUAUUUUUUUUUCUUUUUUUUCUUUUUCUUUUUUUUUUUUCGUUUCUAUGGUUAAUUAUAUGGAAUUGUAUAAUAAAAAUUAUUAUUAGAAACGUGAAGUAGCGUACGCGGAUAAAAAUGUAAUUUCAAUGAAAGAAGUCCCUCCUAGAGUAAUGUUUAUAUCGACGUGAUAUAAAAAGAAAAUAAUAAUAAUAAGAACAACGGGGAUAAAUCUUUUCCGGAUGGUUGCCUUCUCUUGUCACUUGGACUGAUUCUUCUUUUCUAAAUCGUGUGCUUAAGCCGAGAGACCACCGUCCGGAAGGAUAACUUGUUGUAAUUAUUAAAAAUUUUUGUCGAGGAGAUCAAUGCGUACAGUAGGCUUUAUCGAAGAAAUUGUUUGUAAAAAGAUGAAAGUGGAGAGAAAGAGAGCGAGAGAGAGAGAGAGAGAGAGAGAGGGAGAGAAAGUUGAAGAAAUGACGAAAAUGCGAACGGUUGAAAGGCAUAGUUUUUAUUCUAUAUACUUUUGUAAUCGGUCGACUUUUCUGAGUAGGGAGCGAAAAUUUGUACAGUUCGAUGCAUGAGAGAAAAAAAGCACGAGGUGAAAUAGAGAAAAAGUAUAUAAUGAUUAUCUAUCGGUGCGGAUGAUUCUUUUAUGGCAUGUAAAAAUUACAUACAUAAGAAAUACACGUACACGAACAUUAUCAUCUCACGAUAUGGUCCUAUCAAAGAAAAUAUUAUUAUUCCGGCUAAUAGAUCAUCAUCAUCGUGUUGGAUUAGCUUCAUCGACAAUGUCGUAGCGAACAUGGAGACGAACUCGAGCAUACGAUAGAAAAAAAAAAAAGAAAAAAAAAGAAAGAAGAAAAUUGCAAAAGCAGAAAAUCUUAGGCUGUAUUUACAUUGCAUGUAAACGCAUCUAUACGUAUUCAAUUCGAGUCGUAACGAUGAAAAAUGUCUAAGAUUCUUUUUCAGGAUAUAAUGUUAUUCUGGAACUGAUUUAUAAAAAGGGGUUUUUCGAGAGGAAUUUUAUACCGGUGCACCUUGACUUUUGCCGCGUGAAACGGCGGUGGAAAAAAAAAAUGAAGUUUAUAGGCUGAUUUCAGUAGAAAUUUCAUUGAAACAAAGAUGUAUCAAUUAUAAUAAAUAUUGUUCCUGAAGAAGUCGAGGUCGUACUGGAUGGAAUUGUCUCAAUUGGAAGUCUCUUAAGGAUGUACUCUAAACGUACAACUUAGUGUACGUCCAAAGCCAUAGUGCCUACACAAUAAUGAUCAUACCCUUCUGCAAAACUGUAUAUAAUUUACAUACUAUAUAAAAAUAUAUAAAUAAAUAUAUAUAUAUAUAUAUACAUUAUAUAUAUAUACACACACAGACAGGCAAAAUGUAAGAAUGUGACGACCCUGAAGGACAAAGAAAAAAUAUAAAGAAAAACCGGAUGCUGUGGACACCUCAUUGCGAUUAUCAUGAAAUAUCGAUUAGUUAGUUUUAAUUACAAAUAAUAAUUAAUUAUUGAAACAUUACACGAGAAAAAUGUUAGUUUAUAAAUUCACUUAUUAUAUAUAUGUACAUGUAUAUAUACUAUAUGUAUAUGUAAUAAGUAUGUAUGUUUUAUAGUCAAACGAAUAUUGUGCAGAAUAAGAAUUGAAUUCUAAUUACUUGAAUAACUUGGAAAACUAUUUUCCUUCUUACUUUUUCUUCUUUUUUCUUUCUUCUUUUUUUAAACAUAGAAAAAAUGAUGGACAUGAUACAAUGAUAUCAUCCUUCCCGCUACAUAUAUUUAUUUCAAUAAUUAAUCGUAUAAUAUUUCAAUAAAUAAUUAGGAGCAUAAAAAAAUAGUUAAGAACAAUUUUCUCUCGUCAUUAUAUUAUCGAAUAGAAAAUAAAGUAAAAAUGGAAUAAUAAUUAUUCUGCACAACUUUCGUAAAACGCAAUACCUAUCUGUAACAGAGAGGAUUGUAAUAGUUUUGUUUCUCGUUUCUUUUUUUUCUUUUUCCGAUUAAACUGAUAACAUCGCACUUUUUUUCGUACACAUCGUGCAACGAGAGAGGGGAAGCAAAACGGAAAAAAAGAAAAUACAGAAAAAUAAAAUGAAAAACAUGAAUUGAGAAUGCGUGAAUCUGUGUGAAUGGACGUGAUGAUCGAAUGAUGAUAAUUAAUUGAUAUGAAUGUUCUAUGGUCGGCGAUUCGAUUAAACGAUUCCGACUUACCAGUGAGAAGUUACGAUAUUUUCUACCUGAAUGUUUGUGAGGAUCUCGGCGAAGUCUGAGCACGUCCGGGAUUUUAAGAAAUGUAAUAAUAUUAUAAUUCAUCAAUAUUGUAUAUUUUAAUCUGUUCGAAAAGUACGUUAUAAGAAACAUAACACUUAAAAAAAAAAAAAAAAAAAAAAAAGAAGGAAAGAAACGAAGCAAAAAUUGUCGUUCCGACGUUUUCAGACUUUUCGGGAUCUUUUUAUAAUAACUUAUCGCGAAGAUGGCAGUCCAUCGAAUUUUCAUUUUUUAAGCCUGAUUAUUCGUGAAAAAUCUCUGGCUCUCUUCUGGCAGUCUGUCGAAUAAGGCGCUUCUUAUAUUUUAUAAUGGACGACAGAGUCUUUCCUUAAUCUUUUUUUCUCGUUUAGCGAGAGUUUUAUGAUCUUUACUUAACGCGAUCUAUGCGAAACCAAGCAUCGAGAAUAAAUUAUUAUUGUUGUUAGCGGCGAGCAACAACGACGAUUCGAUUAUUUAAACCAAGAAAAAAAGAGAAAGAAUAUUAGAAACGCGUUGCUUUAGAAAUAUAUCGAUAUUCUUUAAAGUUAGCUUGAUCCUAAUCCAUUAAUGAUUUUUUUAUCACUAUUUGCACGUACGUAUAUGUACGCAAACAAAUAUACUUUUCUACGAUUGUAUUUGAGAGACUGUUCAGAAAUAAUAUUAAAGAAAAAAAAAAAAUUAAUUCUGAUCUUAGAAAAAGGAAAAAGAAAUGAAACAAUGUAUGUACCAAUACGACGAAUGAGAAUUUUGUCACAUUUUACGGGUACAACCCGUCGAAAGAUAAAGUAAAAAGAAGAUUUGAAAAAAGAAAAAAAAAUUGAACAGGAAAUUACAAAAUAUAACCUUGUGUAACGUCAUAGGGAGAUGUGAUGUUUUUAAUUUACCAUAACCUUCGUGUUUUUUCACUUAUCAUGCUUUAUUAUACGAAAAAUUAUUUUUCGUAUAAUAUAAUUUUCGUUUAUCUUGUUACAAAAAAUAAGAAUCUAUUCGAAUCGACAUUUUCGUUGUUCGACGUUAAACAUUUGUAUGUUUUUACUCGAUUUAAUUUUAAAUUUAAGUUGAUAUAUAUAAUUUUGCACUGGAAAAUUUGUUCGUAAAACUUACAUAUAAGUUCUAAAUGUUUAUAUAAAAAAUAACGAAUAAUGUAGCAGAAAAAAUAUUUUUUAUGUACGUUUAAUACGUAUAACGGUAAAAAAAAUAAAGCGUCGAAACUUCAUUCAAGUUCAAACUUGAUCUUAUAAACGUCUCUAUAUUUGACACAUCCGUGUAUUAUUAUGAAUUUAUAUAAGUAAAGUGAUUUAUAAUUUUAACAUUUAAAUUUAUGAUUUUGAUAUUUUAUUCUAAUUAUGAUUUCGUUAUAAGAAAAAAAUUAAAAAGUAUAUAUAAAAAUAUUAUAAUAUAAAUUAACAAUGAGAAAUCUUCAUAUUUACUUAUUUCAAAUAUAGCACGCAUGCGCAAUGUUUGCGAGCUACUACUUAUUGUCGCGCUACAGUUGAUCAUUCAGCAUUCCCGCGUUAGCGCUUACAGAGUAAACAUUGUUUUUUGUUUCAUAUAUAUAUAUAUAUAUAUGAAUUUUUUUACAUAUACUUACAUAUAAUAGUAAUCUUAUAUACAGAAAUGAAGUUAAGACAUAAUGUAUAUAUGCUCAUAAUAUUAGUAGUUAUUUUCAUACUUUGUAUCAAUAAAUUAUAGGUUAGAAUAAGCAAUAGAUAAAUAUCGUAUACACUUGACAAAUUGUACAUUUGGCUUAAAAAAAUAUAUAACUGUUAUGUCAAUCAUUUGUAAUCAAUAUGCAAUACUUAUUUUAGCAUAAAGAAAUAUACCUAAUGUUUUAAUAAUCGUUUUUUUAUCUAUUCUUACAUCAAGUUUCAAAUUAAAUUUAAAUUAAAUAUGCCUUUCAGGCUUGUAAAUUGUACAAAUGAAAAAUCCCUAAUGCUAAGAUUUUUUUUAUUAUAAAAAUAAUCGCUCAUAUUGGAAACUAACCUUUAGAUGUGAACAUAUAAGAACAUAAAGCCUAAGACACUAUAUUCAAAGUUCUGCUUUAAAUUGAUCAGUGGAAAUCAAUUGUUUUCCAUUGGCGCGAAUUAUCGAGCGAUUUCCUAAAUUUAGGCAAUAUUUAAAAUUGACGAUUUAAAAACCAACAGUCAAAAUAAGUAAUUCAAAGGAGAUAAGUAUGCCACCGAAGUGUAAAUUUCAAGAAGG